GCAGCAGCAGAAGCAGGAGGAGCAUCAGGCUGAUGGGAUCUCUUCAUGGAUGAGGAGCCUCUGAUGACAGAAGUGUCUUCAAAUGACAAGACCCUGGAGGAUGCACUCACCUUGAUUUUCAGACAUCCUGCACUGGAGAGCUGGUUCCUGGCGUUGGAGAUGUGCUCUAUUCCUCAGCCUGGUCUGAACCCUGUCACUGUGAAGCUCCUGUCAGCUCACCUCAAUUCUGGGGUGCUCCAGCUGCUGAAAACAGGUGCCCCUGUCCUGCAGAGCAUCACAAGGGAUCACAGACACGUCUUGUCCAAGUAUUUCAAAGCCAUCACCAAAAGUGUCCUGGAAGAGCUGCAGACUGGGGGGAAGGACCAAAGCCAGGUCUAUCCCAGGAAGUCUCACCAGCUGCAGGCUCUGGAGGAGCUGCACAUGUACAUGACUGCAGCUCAGCUGAAGGAGAUCACUUUAACCAUGCUGCAACUUCCUGAGAUGGGCUUGGCUUCUCAGAAAUCUGAAAAAUCCCUUAAAAUAGGGAAGCAGUUAAGCUUCUAUGGACAAAUUUUGGUACAGCUCUUUACAGGCAGCUACCAAAGACAUCCCCAGCAAGGAGAACUUCUGCUGUCUGCAGAGGCUUUGGGGAAAUUGAUUACCUCAUGCUGCUGCCCAGCGCUGAAUAAACAUACCGUUUCUAACUUUAAAUUGUUAGAGAGUCUUUUGUCCGUCACAGUUGAGUAUCGGUGUUAG